CAGGAUUCGGGCCUAAGCCAUGAAUCACUUGGUUAGGUAGGAGAGCGAGGCGGUGUGGGAGCGGAAGUGUGACAGGCCUGUCGCAGUUGCAGAUUUUGGUUUCUGUUGCUCAAUCGCUGGUCCGAGCGCAUUGGCUGAACCCGGAAGGGGAUGGAAGAUGAAUCCGCCUGGAGAACGCCCUGAUUGGAAAGUGUCACCUGGACCUGAAGGCGGCAAAUUUGGAUUGUCAACGAUGGGUCGUCUAAAGGUUCCAUCGUCUGGUCUUCUUUUUCUGGACGGUCGAGAUUCCGAUCUGACGGAAGAACGUCCAUCCUUUCCUUUAGCGCCCCCCACACACAACCUCGCCAACCCCCCUUUCGGAACAAUUUAUGAUUUCAUGGGAGAACAAAGCCAUGAAACUCUGUUUACUGAACCGGUGGUCAUAGUGAGAAAGGUGACAAUGAGGCUGGGAGGGGCGCCCGCCUUGACCCCACAGCCUUUGGACUCUAUUGAUGAGGAACAUGGACGAAACGGUUUGUUUUGCCUCACUGACCGACUCAAUGAAAGCCAAAAGCGAUGUGCAACCCGAAGUAACCACCCACGGAUGGGGUACGACGAUGGAACCCAUAGGGUACCUUGACAGCCUGUUAACCUUUCCUCUCCCGGUAGCCUGUCGUCCGGGAACCUAUUCAUUCUCAGUGCCAAACGAGACAAGAGGGAGAGAGAGAGAGAGAACGAGGGAAACGACACAAGAGUGCCAGCUCAUCUCAUGGCUCCACUGCCGAAAGUAACUUGCUCAAGAUGGAUAACUUUCAAUCUAGACCUCGGGGAAGGGGGGAAGUGUCCCAGAU